AUGAUAGGUAGUCUUCUUUAUCUCAUAGCUACUAGACCUGACAUUGCUUUUAGUGUUGGAGUGUAUGCUCGAUUUCAGCCAGAUCCAAAAGAAUCACACAUAAGCUCUGCUAGACGCAUCAUUAGAUAUGUGAGUGGAACAGUUGAUCUAGGAAUAUUCUACUCUAGGAAUUCUAAUCUUGACUUGGUUGGUUAUUCCGACGCCGAUUGGGCCGGGAACGCAGAUGAUAGGAAAAGCACGACAGGGGGUUGUUUUUACAUGGGUAGCAAUCUCGUAGCCUGGUUGAGUAAGAAACAGAAUUCUAUAUCUCUAUCCACGGCAGAGGCCGAAUACAUAGCUGCAGGGAGUUGCUGCACUCAGCUUCUCUAG